AUGCUCGGUUCGGUGCUGCGACUAUGGAUACUCUUCGGCUGUUGCAACCGCUUCCUGGCCGCCGGCGAAGUCCUGCAGGAGUGCGAUAUACCCAAUGAGACGAAGCGGGGCGUUUGCAUGGAGGUCAGCAGGUGCAAGGCGUAUCUGCAGGUGCGCAAUGCCACCAAUUUGCCCGCGGAGAAGGUCAACUUCCUGAAGAAGGUGCAGUGCGAGAUGGUGGAGCAGCAAGUCUCGGAGCCGCAGGUUGCCUACGAAUCCCUCGUUUGCUGCCCGGCAAAUGGCCAGGAUUACCUAUUUCCCGUGCUGCAGUUCUCCAAGUUUGAGUAUCGUAGGUUCCUCGAUGUCACCGCUCGUUUCAAGCGCAAGAAACUCAAGCGUAGGAUUCAGACUGUGGAGCCAAGUUCGGGAUUCAAUUUGCUGCAUGAGUGCGGCAAGCAAGUGACUAAUAGAAUUUACGGCGGCGAAAUCGCCGAACUUGAUGAGUUUCCUUGGCUCGCCCUGCUUGUUUACAACUCAAAUGACUAUGGCUGCAGUGGAGCUCUAAUAGACGAUCGUCACAUCCUCACAGCUGCUCAUUGUGUUCAAGGCGAGGGCGUUCGUGAUCGCCAAGGAUUAAAGCAUGUGCGUUUGGGCGAAUUCAAUGUAAAAACAGAGCCCGACUGCAUUGAGGAGCCAAAUUACUUAAGCUGCGCGGAUGCCGCCUUGGAUAUUGCCUACGAGAAGAUCCAUGUGCAUCCGGAGUACAAGGAGUUCUCCAACUACAAGUACAACGACAUCGCCAUUAUCCGACUAAAACAUCCAGUAUCUUUCACUCAUUUUGUGAUGCCCAUCUGUUUGCCCAGCAAAUCCGAACCGGUGACUUUGGCCGAGGGCCAGAUGUUCUCCGUUUCCGGCUGGGGUCGCACGGAUUUAUUCAACAAGUACUUCAUCAACAUCCACAGUCCCAUCAAGCUGAAGCUGCGCAUCCCCUACGUCUCCAACGAGAACUGCACCAAGAUCCUGGACGGCUACGGAGUGCGACUGGGACCCAAGCAGAUCUGCGCCGGCGGCGAGUCCGCCAAGGACACGUGUGCCGGCGACUCUGGAGGACCACUGAUGUACUUCGAUCGCCAGCACUCGCGAUGGGUGGCCUACGGCGUGGUCAGCUACGGAUUCACGCAGUGUGGCAUGGCCGGAAAGCCGGCGGUUUAUACUAACGUGGCCGAGUACACCGACUGGAUCGAGAGUGUGGUGCAGCAGAGGAAGUUGAGCCAACAGACGACGCAGUCGAAAUUGCCUUGACGUCAGAUUUCUUUCAGAAGAACAAUUGGCGUCUAAUUGAAGUGCUUAAGUGGGUGGUGGGUGGUAUUCGGAUUCAGAACUGUUUACCUCUACUCUACACCAUACUUAUGCCGCAUAUAUUUGUACAUAUUUUGCUAAUUAUCAACUAACAACAGCCAUCAACUAUUUGGUUAAGCGUGUGAGUGAAUGGAAUGAGUGCCGGAAUGUGAGUGCCAGUGCGAGUUAACAAAAGUCUGAAAAACAUGUUUCUAUUUAAAUAAACUACUGAAUAUUUACCCCGUC